AUGAUGCACCCUGAAGAACCAGUAGCACCUCAAGCUCUGGAACAGAAGUCAAGUUCUGCAUCGAAUGCUGAAACUACAACGAAAUCAGAUGUUGACAGCAACAUCAGCAAGCCCUCUCAUCAGACUGAACAGUCUGAGGUGCCUACUGUUGGGUCCCAGUCGUCCCAGCCACAGAGCAAUGAGAAGGGAAACAGAAGCCCCAAGACGGAGGAAUCCACAGGCAGUGCUUCACCCGAAGGCAAGAGUGGCCUUGCGUCGGGUGUGUCCAGCCGAAGUUUAAAAAAGACUUUAAAGGGCCACGCAGUCCGGCCCGCCAGAGUGCACCCAUCAAGGGCAAAGCCCAGCCGUGGCCCAGCCUCCAGAACGCAGAGUCGUGGAAACGGUACUCUAGUUGGGGGGGCAAGGUUUCCGCAUGACCACCGCAGGCGCAAUCACAAAGAGCAGAGGGACAAUGAUCAUGAACACCAAAGAGAAAACCGCAAGAAAGAGCCCCCCACAGAAAGCCAGCCGCAAGAGGCCCCAGAGGCUUUACCUUCGUCUCCCUCUUUAGAGGCCCGCAGGUCCACAUAUUUCAGCAUUUGUCUGAAUGCCUCUCCUGACGAGCUCACUGUCGUGUCGUAUACUUUAAGGAUGGAGAGCGGCAGCGGCCUUUUUGAUGAUAACUGGCGAAGGCGAGAGGCUGCACUUACCCGCUAUUUGCUUUCCCUGGAAGACAUACACCACCCGGAUGUACUUUUGAUUCAGGGAGUGUUUUCCAGCUCGACCCAGCGGCUGCUGAAAAGGCUUGCCCGGGAAGAGCCGUUGUUCCCUUUUCAGACACGGGUGGUAGGUGGUGACCCAGGAUGCUGCAAGAAUGAGGGUGGGGAGGGCCGCUGUUCAUGGUGUAGCCGCUGCUGGUGGUGCCAGGCCUUUCCCUCACGCAAACAAGCAAAAAAAAAGGGCGCAGCCGCUGCUUUUGUGAUGAACAAUGGCUGGGAUUCUGUAUGCGGAAGCUUUUCGCGUUUUAGGGGGAAUGGUGGCAUUGUCAUUUUGUCAAAAUGGCCAAUGCUGCGUCGCCAUGCCUACAUCUUUUCAGCCUCAGCUUAUCCACAGUCACUGUCCAAUGCUGGGGCGGCUUUGGUCCAAGUGGAAAAAUGUGGCAAAGUGUACAACGUGCUGGCUAUGCAGCUGCAGCCUGGGGCAAAUCACAAUCCCCUCCGCGUGGCCCAAGUUAAGGAGGUGAUGGAAUGGGCAAGAACAGGGAUGGAGGACAUCGAGAAGGUGGAGUUCGCCUCAAGUGAUGUUGACAGGGCGCUCUCCUCUCCAGGAGAAAGUAGUACAAGGACCGAAAGCUCUGUCGCCUCGGACGACUCCGCGACAAAACCCAAUAAGACGCCUCAAGCUGGGCUUCCAGAACUUGAGUCAAAGUCUCCUGGGGCUGAUGAAGAACGCAAGCAUUUCCACCAUACGCGUGCAGAUCUGCCGAAGGGCAUUCUGAAAGCUACAGAUCCGCUCAUCAUUGGAGGAAACCUGAACUUCCGCUUCACAGAGGACCGGAAAUCACUUGCAGAAGCGUUAGGAAUUGAUGGUUUGAACGCGAACUUAGCGCUUGAAGAUGCAUUCAUCGCGCAGCCGAAUUUUGAUACGGUCAACAACGACACGUGCUACCAGAGCGAAGGAUGCCCGAAGCAGCCGAAGCAGGAGUUGCUGGAUUACCUCUUGAUAUACUCUGAGCAUGCAGGCAGAGUAGCUCGUGGGCAGAGGACUCUUGUGGACCCUUCCCCAGAAAAGAUACUUUACCGACCUCUUGUGUUCGGCUGUCUGCCAGGCAGCGCGCUGGAAGUUAGUCAUGUCAGUGAUUUCUUUCCCGUCUGUGCCACCUUCGCACACAAUUCUGAGUAG